AUGAAUUCCUUGGCAUCUUCACUUGGCACUUGCAAUCCCAGAAACUUGAAAACACCCAGCAUUUUGCUCCGAAGGGAUCAUCUCAGCACAUCAGAAUCCCCAAAACUCAAAAUCUUAAGCCACCCGCACAGAAGCUUAUCUUCUUCUUCUUCUUCUUCUUCCCAACAACUGCAGAAUAAUGAGAAGCCAAAUUUGUUCAGCAGAAGAGAAGCAAUUGGUUUUGGCUUCUGCUUUGGGCUUCUUGAUGUGCUUUUUCAUCCUCAGCCCACCAAAGCAGCUGAGGGGGCAGCAGCUUGUGAGCUAACUGUGGCUCCUUCUGGCCUUGCUUUCUGUGACAAAGUUGUGGGGUAUGGCCCUGAGGCUGUUCAAGGACAGCUGAUUAAGGCACACUAUGUUGGGAAAUUGGAGAAUGGAAAGGUGUUUGAUAGCAGCUACAAUCGUGGGAAGCCCCUUACUUUUCGUGUCGGUGUUGGUGAGGUCAUCAAAGGGUGGGAUCAAGGUAUUCUAGGCGGUGAUGGAAUUCCUCCAAUGCUUGCCGGGGGGAAACGCGUGUUGAAGCUUCCUCCGGAACUUGCAUAUGGCGGAAGAGGAGCUGGGUGUAGAGGAGGCUCGUGUAUUAUUCCACCAGAUUCAGUUCUUCUGUUUGAUGUGGAAUUCGUAGGCAAGCCAUGAGAUCGAAGCGACCGAAGGGAGAGGAAGCAGACUACCAGUUGAUCUUGUGAAUUGGUUUUCUAGUGGUAAAAUGGAAGUCCGAUACUCCGUGUCUUCUUGUUCUGUGGAUAUCAGUAAAUUCAUAUGAGAAGAAGAGUACGAGAUUUAUGGCCAUUAUUCACUAUAAACUGCUCUAUUCUCCUCCUCUUUCAUUUUAGUCCUCACUAAACUGAUCAUCUAAGUUUAUUUCGUUUUUUUUGCUCCCAUCUUAAAUCGGAGAAAAUAUGGUUUGUGACCCUAAUAUUGUCACUAGCCUACGCAUUAUAACAUUGGUGAGCGACAGAGUAUAUAUUUCAUGAUAUAAUAUAUGCAAGCUAUAAUAUGUAGAUGGGUGGAAAUGAUGUGUGGCGAUGUAAUGCUAGCGAGACUAUUUAGUUGAAUCAUAUUUUGUGGAUUACAUGAUGUGGGCAUCUAACUCAGAUGGCAAACAUCACCGUAUCACCUCCAUCCCCAAACUUUGGGCAACCAUUACUGGAAAUAUUUAAGGGUAUUUAAAGAAUGGCAUAGGGGCGUGGAAAUCGAUGUGUUAUUGAAUUGUGAUUUACACACUCAAGGGACAUAAAUAAACACGAAUCAUUUUUUUCUUAUUCAAUCCCGAAGCUAAGAAAAAGUGGUGAAGGUGUAGGAGAAAUUUUUCAUUGUGUCGAUCACAUUGAAAAGUCUCUCGAGGUGCAGAGAAGGAAAUGAUUGCGAAAAUCACUUCCAUUUAUUAAUGCAUUCAGGGUUAAAAUUGGAAUUCCAAAUAACAGAAUUAAAAGACCAAUUCACCCCCAACCAAUCAACCGAACCGAUAGGACUCUACCGAACUAUAAAUACCAAACGUAAAUACUGGUUCUGCCCUUUCGCGUUUCGCAAAACCCUAAACCCAAAAGCAAGAGAGGCGAAGGCGGUGCGGAAACAAUGGCGAAGUCGAUGAGAUGCAAGAGAGAAAAGAGGCUGAGAGCCAUUCGCAGAGAGAUGGUGGAGCCCUACUACGACAAGAAAGACGAAGCUAAGCUCGCUGCCCAGGAAGCUGCCCUCGCUGCCCCUAAGCUUCCCGUACGGCCGCCUCCUAAAUCCACCUCUGCUAUGGAGGUCACCACCACUAACGGCGCCUCCGCCUCCACGAGCAACAUGGAUGUGGACAUGGAUGCUGUCAACGAAAGAUUAGCUGCAUUGAAGCCUGCUGGUGGGGUAAGUAAGAAAUCCAAAAGGGUGUUCAAGGUGGGCAAAAGAAGGCGCCACGGCAAGGGAGGAAAGGUUAAGAGGCGUCAUAUUUAACUCUUUGAUAGAAGAACAGAAUGCCCAAUUUUCGCCCAGUACGAUAACAUUAUCCUUAAGACUGUCUUGUAUUCGGUUUUCCUGUUAUAGAUAUUUGAGAGUUGUCAUCCGAAAAUUGUAAUCGAGCACGUCAUAUGUUAACUUUGGAUUUAAGCAAGCAUUUAUGGAUGAUCUUCUGUUGAAAUUA